AUUUGAUUUGAUUGAAAAGUUGACAGAUGAUUCUAAUGGAAUUCAAGAUAUUACCGCAAAUCUUUUAUCAACAUUUUUGUGACAUUACAAGUGUUCUUUGAUGUAUUUUUUUAUACAGGUGUACGAUUUUUUACCAUGUAAAAUUAUCAAUCACAUGAGAAUUGAGCUGGCGAUUUCUGAUUGGCUGACACUUUAGCGUUAUCUCGCCUUAUCUACUCCUAGCAUAGGAAAAGAAAGGCUAUGGGGUUCCCAGAACCCAGAAUAGAAUUUUUGUAAACCAACACCCAUUCGCCAUUCGUGAUAAUAUUAUCGUGAUUAUAUUGUAUAUUAUAUUAUCUGUGAUAAUUCUGUUUAUUUAUCAGUGCAAACACUGUAAUAGUGCAAGCAGUUAUCAAAUAUACAGUGAUUCGCAUUUAUAUUUUAAACAAAACUAGCAAGUGGCCAAAUAGGACUUCGAAAUGGAGUUGGAAUUGAUUCCUAGGUGUUACCAAUUGGAAAUGAUGAAAAUAGCGUUGGAAAAAAACACCAUCAUCUACCUUCCGACGGGAUCUGGCAAAACCUACAUAGCUCUUAUGGUUUUGAAGAGCAUGAGUGAACCGCUUACACGAUCUUACAAUGAUGGAGGAAAAGUCACAUUCUUUUUGGUGAACACUGUGGCCUUGGUGGAUCAGCACACAGCCUAUCUAAGAAGCCACACUAACUUCAAAGUAGGCCGCUAUUCCGGUGAGAUGAAUCUCGACGGUUGGUCUAAAUCGAAGUGGCUCGAGGAAAUCAACAAGCACCAAAUAAUCGUGAUGACCUGCCAGAUUCUAGUGAAUUUGGUCAUUAAAAAUUUCAUAGAUUUGAACAAAUCCAAUUUAUUGAUCUUCGACGAAUGCCAUCGAGGUGUGAAAGACCACAUGAUGAGGCAGUUAAUGAAAGUGUUCGAAAUGCUGAACGAUCCACCGAGGGUGUUGGGCCUUACAGCCACCUUAUUGAACGGGAACUGCGAGCCCUCGAGAGUGAUGGACGAAGUGGUGUUUCUGGAGGAAACCUACCACAGCAAAGUUGCUACUGUGGAAGAACUGGAAUUGGUUUUGCAAUAUUCCACCAAUCCCAAUGAAUGUUUCUCGAUAUUCGAGACUCACGUGCCUGCAUUACUGGAAACCAGUGUUAUCAAUUCGUUGAGAGAAUUUCAGACGUUGAUCAAAAAUACGCGCAUAGAAUCAAUGAAGUUUCCUAUCAAAUUAAACGGCUUGGUGUCGUUGAAGUCCGAAAAAUGGCCUUCUAAAAUUUGCAAUUUGAUCGACGAUUUAGUGUUUCACAUCGACACUCUGGGCAUUUACGGGGGUUACUUAGCGUGCCUUUCCCAUAUCGUACAAUUAGAACGGUACAUAAUAUCCCUAGUAAUCAAACGGAAGUACCCCAAUAAAUCUCGUUGCAGGUUAAAGAAGCAUUGCGAAGAUCUGAAACUGUUUUCCAUACUAAACAGCCUUCAAACUAAAAUCAACUACCUGGGUCAGAAAUUCAAAAUCGAAAUAGACAAGUACGAGAAAAGGGAGUCGAUCGUCCGGUGCUCUUCCCACAAAGUCGCACAGCUACUCAACAUCCUGAAGGAGUACAAAGCCAAGAGCAAAGAAGACCUCUGCUGCAUCAUCUUCACGCAGAGGAGAUUCACCGCCAAGCUAAUCUACCUGCUAUUGAAAGAUCUAAGCGAAAGCCACCCGGAUUUCGAGUACAUCAAACCGAAUUUUUUGGUCGGAAACCGAAACGUCCCGAUCAACGACACCAGAGAAGCUCUGUUCAUCAACAAAAUGAACAAAAAGGUUUUGACCGACUUCGCUCAAAGAGAAUUGAACGUACUGGUCUCUUCGAACAUCCUAGAAGAGGGCAUCGACAUACCCACGUGCACCUUGGUGAUCAGAUACGAUCCGGCCAUGGAUUACAGGGCCUACAUUCAAUCCAAAGGCAGGGCCAGGCACUCCAAGGGCUUCUUCUACAUGAUGGUGAAUCACAGCGAAAUGGAUUCGUUCAUUAAAAAGUACAACAAACACCAAGCGAUUGAAAAUAUCUUGAACCAGCUGCUAAUUGGCAAAAAUGACGAACGGGAAGAUCCCUCUCUUGAAAAAAUCCAGGAAAUGUACGAAGAAGAUCCUCUACCGCCCUAUUACGUUAAAGGCACGGACGGUGCUCAAAUCAACAUGAGAACAGCCAUAUCCUUGUUGUGCCAAUAUUGCCAAAGCCUACCAUCCGAUAUUUUCACCGUUCUCGUUCCCGACUGGUUCGUAAAACAAACCGAAAACGAUAUGUACGUUGUUGUGGUACUACUGCCUACCAUAACGAACAUCCCUAUGGUGGAGGGGAUUCCUAUGAUGAAUAAAAAGCUGGCCAAAAGAGCGGCUGCUUACGUGACCUGCAUAAGGCUUCACCAACAAGGCGAAAUCGACGAUCACCUGUUCCCCAGAAAGAGAACCGUAGAGCCCGAGGACGUGGAGUACCUGUUCACUCACAUCCCCAAAAACGACCACAAACCGUCCAAAAAACACAACGUGAGAAGCCUGCACAAGAAACUGAUACCCGAAUGCGUUCGAGAACAAAUACGACCGGCCACUCACGUUUACUUGCACAUCAUCCAGCUACAGCCCGAGUACAACAAGCGCGUCUCGAGCAUCAACGACUCCACGUUGUACGACAUGCAGUUCGGCGAUUCGUGUUACGGUUUGAUUACGGCCAAGCCGAUGCCUUCGCUGUGCGAUUUUCCCAUCUACGAUAGCUUCGGAACCAUCAUGGUGUCGCUGGAAGUCAACCGGGGUACCGUCGUGUUGACGGAGUCCGAUCUGUCGCACGUCAAGCGGUUCCACGUGGACGUGCUGGACGGCGUGUUGGACGUGUUGAAGCCGUUUGUACUGUUCGAUAACGGAGACGAGCCGGAGAUGAUGUUGCUGGUUCCGGUCGAUAGGGAAUCCGGUCGCGUUGAUUGGGAUGUGUUGAGGAAAGAGCACGUUUUUCAUCAGAUCGCGGAGUUAAGUUCCAGCGAGAAGGCGAGUUUGGUGGUGAAUAGGGAUACUUAUUUGAACAAGAUCGUCCACCCGUGGUACAGGAGGGAUAAUACUACGUAUUUGGUUACUGAGGUUUGCGAGAGCAAAAACGCCGAUUCUCCCUUUCCCGAUAACGGAUUCUCCACGUUCAGGGAAUAUUUUCAAAAGAGGCACAAUAUUACUUUGGUGAAUCCCGCAUUACCGCUGCUUCUGGUGAAAUCUGUAACGAAAAACGUCAAUUUUGUCAAGCCUAAAACCAAAACAGCGGUGAAACGAAAGUACACAAACGAAGAAUUGGCGGAAUACCUACCGGCGGAAUUGGUGGUGAGGCAAGAAUUUCCCGGCAAUUUGUGGAUACAAGCCAAAUUUCUGCCCACCGUUCUCAGUAAAAUCUCCUUUAUACUUCAAAUAGAAGAAUUGCGGUGCACCAUAGUCACCGAAAAGGAGGGCUUAGGGCGCAGAAACGUCACUGUCAGGCGACCCCUCGCCCUCGACAAGACCCUACUGACCUACGAACCGUACACGGAAGAUCACCAUUCCGAAUUGCCCCCGUCUUCCGAAGAGGACACGCCAAUUUCGUCCUUGCUGAAAGUCAACAAGGACUUCAACAACAAGAAGCUCGAAUCUCAGUACCCCUGGAAGGAUAUCGAUGAGCCCAUCGACAUCGAAAGGAACGUCAACGUCAGUUCGAUGGACAUCGAACAUUACGAAGCAUUCGUCAACCAGCGACUGGUCGGGUCUUCUAGGGAGCUGAAGAACAUCGUACCGCACGCCUCUCCUCAACGACUGGCCUUGACCUAUCUGAAAACCGUCGACAUCGUUACAAUUAAGCUGCUCGAACUACCGGUUUCCGAACAAGAGGGGCCGGAAUUGUGCGAAUUUUACAGAGCCCUCACGUCGGCCAAAGCCAACGACAUAGUGAACCUGGAGCGCCUCGAAACGCUCGGGGACUCCUUCAUCAAGUACAUGACCACCGUGUACAUCUAUCUGCGCUUCCCGCAGUACGACGAAGGCCGCUCGACGGCGCUCAAAGGGAAGAUGGUGAGCAACCGGAACCUGUUCUACCUGGCGCGCCGGCGCCGCAUCACCGGCUGCAUCCGGUUCCACGACGUGAAGAAGGACGAUUGGCUGCCGCCCGGCAUGACGGUGCCCGGCGAGAUGCGCCGGCGCAUCGAAAGCGAGGAAAUGUCCGUCAACGCGCUGAUCAAGCUCGGGCUGACGCGCGACGAACAGGUGACCGGCGAAUUGAGCGACACCACCAAAGAGGAGAUCCUGAACAACCGCGACUCGGUCACCGAUUCGGAGGAGUCCGCUUACUAUUCGAUGGCGCCGUUUUUGAAGAGCCGGUACAUGAGCGAGAAACAGGUCGCCGAUGCCGUCGAAGGUCUGAUCGGGUUGCACUUCAAAGCGCUGUCGUUGAAAGGCGCCGUGAGGUUCAUCGAAUGGUUGGGUUUGAUACCGGAAUCGGAGCGUUUGGAGGAACUAACGGCUCGCCCGCCGCCGCCGCCCGCUUUGACCAGCUGCGCCUUGUCCUCGGAGCAAAUCAGGAGGCACCUGCCGUCGUACAGGGACAUCGAGAGGCUGAUCGGGUACGAGUUCAAAGACAAGGGGUACUUGUUGCAGGCGAUGACGCACGCCACCUACUCGCCCAAUCGCCAGACGAGGUCGUACGAGCGGCUGGAGUUCGCCGGCGACGCGGUGCUCGAUUUCCUGAUUACUUGCUACAUAUUCGAGAACUGCGAGGAUAUGGACCCGGGCAGGAUGACCGAUUUGCGAUCGGCUUUGGUGAACAACGUGACGUUCGCCAGUUUCCUGGUCAGGCUCGGGUUGCACAAGUACAUACUGUUCGCUAACAUGAAGUUGCAGUCGAAGAUCGACAGCUUCGCGAAUUUCAUGGAGCAGAAGAACUACGUUAUCGACGACGAAGUGCUCGUGCUCAUGGAGGAAGAUGAGGUUUAUAUGGCCGAAUCUGUGGACGUGCCGAAGGUAUUGGGAGAUGUGUUUGAAGCAGUAAUGGGAGCUGUAUACUUCGAUAGCAAUUUCGAUUUAUCGAAAGUGUGGAAUAUAGCUUAUAAAAUAAUGUGGAAGGAAAUAAACGCGUUCUGCAAUAACGUUCCAUUAAAUAUGGUCAGGGUCAUUAAUGAACGGACGAGCGCUCACCCUACUUUCGGGAAAUCUUUUGCAACCGAAAAUGGGCGAACGAUGGUGCCUCUGGAGUUCUCGCUGAAAGGGGAAAGGAAAAGAGUGAACGGGUUCGGUAUGAACAAAGCGGCUGCGAAACGGGCGGCGGCUAAAUUAGCAUUGAAAAUGCUGAAUGAUGCGAGAGAUAACUGAUUUUUUUUGUUAUUUUUAUGUCGAUUUGACUUGUUUACUACAGACUGAUGCGUAUAAUUAUUGAUUUUUUACGUACAUGAGUUAAGUGGAUUGAGAUGCAUGUUAUUACUUUAAUAAGUAAUAAAGUGUUUCAGUUUGUAUAAUUAUAUAGUCCUGAUAUGAGGGAUGAAAUACGUAUGUAUGUCAAUUAAUUAAAUUAAUUAUAAAACUACAAAGUUCUAUUAAGUUAAUCUCGUAAAUGUGUUAAUAGCAUUUAUAUUAUGAUAUAUUAUGUUCAUCUAUGUGUUGUAUUCUACCCCAAUUUUUGUUAUAACUACAUAUUAUAUAUUUUAAAUGUA